AUGCCUGCGCCAACGAUCAUGCCCGUCAUCGAUACCUGGACCAAGAUCUACACCUCGCACAUCGAUCCCCACUCGCCACUAUCACGAGCUGCCAAGCCUACGACCUCGUCACCUUCAGCACCGAACGGCAACAUCAUCGAACAGCCCAGGCAGCAAUAUCGCUACAUGCAAAUAUUCGAGAACAAAGGUUCAGCAAUGGGCUGCUCAAAUCCACAUCCCCAUGGUCAGAUAUGGACGACGACAUCCUUACCGGAAGAACCAGAAGUCGAACUUGACAACCUGAAGAAGUACCGAAGAGAACAAGGUGGCUGUAACUUGCUAGAAGACUACGCCAAGCUAGAGAGCGAAAAGGGCGAUCGGACUGUAUUUGAGAAUAGCAGUUUCUGGGCCGGAGUACCAUGGUGGGGUACCUGGCCCUUUGAGAUGAUGGUCGUGGCGAAAGAGCACAAGCGUGCACUUGUCGACCUCAAUCAGCAGAAUAAGGAGGAUUUGGCCGAGGUCAUGGCUGAAAUUACGAGGAGAUAUGACAAUCUUUUCGAGACUAGCUUUCCUUACAGCAUGGGCAUCCACCAAGCCCCGCUCACCGGCACUGACGAAGAGAUCGAGGCCUCACAUUUCCACAUGCACUUCUACCCACCUUUACUGCGCAGUGCGACCGUACGCAAGUUCUUGGUCGGCUACGAGAUGAUGGCCGAGCCACAGCGCGACAUCACGCCUGAACAGGCUGCCAAACGACUUCGGGAUUGCGGAGGCGAGCUCUAUAGAAGGAAAUUGUAG